AUGAUGAACAGAGAUAAUGAUAUUUGUUAUGCCAUCCUUGAUGAAGAUUCAUAUGAUAUUACCGGUGAUAGUAUUAGAUGCGUGGAAGAUUGGUUUGAUGCAAUGGAGAAUGACUUAAUUUCGGAGAAAGCAAGUGUUAUGCAAUCUGUUCUAAGAGUUCUAAGAUUACUAGAUGUAUCUGAAUCAAAGGCUGACGUUGAAAGAGUGAUUAUGAAGAUGAGAGAAAAAUCUAGUGAACAUGAUGAUGUAGCAAAAAGUUGUAUGAUGUGUCUGAAAGCACUAUAUGGCACAUAUUUACAUGUAGAUUUUCUUUUAAAUUUACUUGAUUCUAUUCUCCUUCCUGAAGUUGUUAGCUUCUUUUUUAAUUCUGAAUUACGUGAAUCAUCUGCAAUUGUAUUGUUAGAAUUAAUUGAAAAUCGAUUUCUAUCAACGGAAGCAAUAGAAUCGACGGUUGUUCCUGGGAUGUUUUCAUUUCUCAAACAUUUUAUUUUCUCAAAGAAUAAAGGAGGACAUCUCCCACCGGAAGCUGGAUCAACAAAAGCUAUUUAUAAUGCUUCGCAUAUUAUAACGAAGGUAAUUGAGCAAAUUGAUAGAUUCUCUGAUAAAUGGGUUGCUGAAGAGUUUUUACCUCAAUUUUCUACAAUGCUUGGCCAAAGAGAUCCAUCAAUAAGAAAAAUUUGUUUGCAAAGUACAAAAACACUUAGUAAUUUAUUUGGUAUUACAUUUACAGAACAAUGUCUUUGUCCUUAUUUAUUGUCUGCUGCUGAUGAUUGUGAUUGGAGUAUACGUAAAACUGCAUGUGAAAUUUUUCCUGAUAUAACGAAGAAUGUAACAAAAAAUUUUAAAAAAAAACAUUUAGUUGAGAUGUUUAUAAAUUUGACAAAAGAUGGAAAUGAAUGUGUAGCACAGAUUGCCUUUCAACAAAUGAGUGCCUUUAUUGAUGCCUUUAUAGAUAAUGGUGAGACAGAUGUCAAUUCAAAAUAUACCUUAACAACAGUCUUUCCACCUAGAAAUGAUUUUCUUUUGAAAACGGGUUUACAAGUAAGAUUUUAUAUUCCAAAUUGCCAUUCAAUUAUUAAUGACAUAUCAAAAUAUCCUAUAUUUGGAGCGUUUUCCGGUGAAAAAGUUAAUAGUAGUGAUACCUCAUCAUUAGAAAAAACAUUUACGUUAUUAGAUGAGGAUGAAAGAUCGUACCAAUUAUGUCUUUUAUAUGAUAAUGUUAAUACUUGUUCUUUAGAUAAUAUUAAAAAAAAAACUGGAAAUGGUGAAAUUGAACUAAUUAAAAUGAUGAAAAAUUUAAAAUUAAAAGAAGGACUUAUUACUGAAAAUAAUAUUAAUGAAAAAAAUGAUGAAAUAAUUAUAAGAAGUUUACUUGAAGAAUUAAUUGAAGUUGUUGUAAAAGAUGAAUUUAAUUAUAAAUUUCAAAUGAAGGAUGAUUCUGAUACUGAGAAUAACUUUGGAGUUUAUGAUAUGGAAGAAAAUACUAAAGAAUUGUAUUCAAAAAGUGUAGAAGAAUAUGAUGCUUUUGUUGAGUCAUUUGAUGUAGCUACAAAAUAUCGCCAAAAUAGAUCAAGUGGUUAUUUUAAUGUUUAUGGAGUAUCUGAUGCCAUAAGUUUAGAAGAUAGUGAAUCAAUGUUUAAUAACUUAAGUGAUAAAGAGACAUCCAUUGAUGAUGAAUAUUCAUCAUUUUAUUUAGAAUCAUUAAGUAAUACAAUAGAAAGAGCAGUUGAAGUUGCUAAAUACUUAAAUAAAGAUGAAAUUAAUUAUAUAAAAACUUUACCAGAAUUACCUAUACCAAAAUGUAUAUUAAAAUUGUAUCUAGGUGUUGAAAUUAUUGGAAAAUAUGCCAAAGGUGCAUGGAUAAUAAGAUGUGCAGAAACAAUAGUUAAAAUAUUAAAAAUUAUUGGUCGUGAAAAUUGGCCUCUUCUUAAAGGUGUUUAUUUCUUUUUACUAUAUGAUGUUGGUGAAAGAGUUAGUAGAAUAUUGGCUGAAAAUAUUGGUGAAUUAGCUGAAAUAUUAUGCCCACAAUUAGAAGAUGAUGUAAUUAGAGUAUAUGAUAACUUAAGAACCUGUGACUAUGAAACUCAAAGUAUUCUCAUAUCAAAUAUUUCACAAUUAGUUAAAAUGUUAAGUUGUAAAGGACAAAAUAAAGUUUGUCGAGAGCUUCAUCAUUUUGGAAUUAGGAAUGUUGAUUCAUCACAUAGAUAUAAAUGGAGAAAUAGAGAUGUUUAUAUGCAAGAAUGUUGUAAUAUGGUCGAUUAUGUUUCACUUGAAACUGUUAAUGAUUAUUUUGUGCCUUCUGCAAUGUCAUUGGCUACUGAUCAAAUAGCUCAAGUUAGACAUUCUGCAACUAAUUUAUUAUCAAGAAUUUUUAUAAAAUUCAUUAUUUCAGAAUUAAUGAUUGCUGAGCAAAAUAAUGAAUCUUGUACUGAUUCAUCAGAUAUGCCAUUAACAGAUGGUUUAUUAACUGAUUUAAGAGUUGGUUUUCGUAAAUCAAUAGACUGGAAGAAGCGUCAGGUUUACAUGAAAUUUUGUGAAUUUGUUCUUAAUGAUUCCUCAGUUCCAAGUGAAUUUAUUCACUCAACAUUAUGGAAAGACAUAUCAAUAUUAGCCAAAGAUCAUGUUAUUAACGUUAGAAUAAUUUUAUCACGAAUUAUCAAAAAUUCUUCCUCAUUUGUUUGGUCAAUGAAUAAUGAUUUGAUUAAAGAUGUUGAAAGAACUGUUAAUAGUAGACAUUUAUUUGAAUAUGAUCCACAAUUAAAAAGUGAAAUGAGAACAAUUAAUAACAAUCUUUUAAUUGAUGAAUGGGAUUUUUUAAAAGAACGUCGGGAACGUAUAAUUGAUCAACAAAAUAAAUUUUAUGAACAUAUGGCAUUAUUAAAAUGUGGUUUUCCUGAUCCAUAUGGAAUUAAAUUAGAUAAUACAGGUUUUUCUGCUGAUAAUUCUGAUAUGGAAAUAUCUGAUGAAAGUAACGCGUGA